AUGACGAUGGACUAUGAUUACAAAACGCGGUCAAUGGCUGCCGUCGCUCCCAGCUGCUCGCUUCGUGCGUGCAAUGUCUCCUCUUCAGUCGCAACAUCUCGGACCAGACGUCCCGAAAAUGCCCGCCUCGCCUUUCCACAAUCGUCCACCAUUCUCCCCGCAAUUUCCGGCGGUUCCACUCUCCGUCCCUCCGUCACCCUCUCCACCCGCCUGAACUCCACCCCCGCGUCUCAACACCGUCACAGCCGCCAAUCCACCCACUCGCGCGUCGCGGUAAUCUCCGCCGCAGCCGCGAGCGACACUCCCGAGGCCGCGUCGCCUGCUUCGUCCCCGUCAAACGCGCCGGUAGAACGAGUGCUCGUCGUCGGCGCGUCCGGCGGCGUGGGUCAACUAUGCGUCGCGUCGCUCGUAGCUAAGAACCGCGCCGUGCGCGCGCUAGUUAGGAGCGUCGAGAAAGCCGAGUCGCUCUUCGCCGACGCGCCCGCGGAUCUGAUUCAAAUCGUGACCGCAGAUCUCCGCCAACCCGGCACCAUCUCCCCCGCGCUCUUCGCCGGAAUUUCCGCGGCGAUCGUGUGCGUCGGAACGACGGCGUUCCCGUCCAAACGGUGGGACGGCGACAACGGACCAGAGCAAACAGACUACAUCGGAGUGAAGAACCUCCUAGCGGCUCUUCCUAAAGACUUGUCUCGCAUCGUCUUUGUCUCAUCAGCCGGCGUGGAGCGCUACAACCAGCUGCCCUACUCCAUCCUCAACCUCUUCGGGGUGCUCAAGUACAAAAAAAUGGCCGAAGACCUCGUGAAAUCCUCGGGUAUUCCGUACACUAUCUUGCGCCCGGGCAGGCUCACAGACGGACCCUACACCAGUUACGACCUGAACACUCUUCUCAAGGCAACAGCUGGGAUGAGAAAGGCGGUGGAGGUGAGGAGAUGGAGUGAUACGCUUUCCGGGGAGACGAGCCGAGUGGUGCUGGCAGAGGGGUGUGUGCAGGCUUUGGGAUUGAAGGCGGCUGAAAAUGAGGUGUUCGAGAUGAUGUCUGUCGAAGGGGAGGGGCCGGGCGGGGAUGAGAGUGCGUGGGAGAAGAUAUUUGCGUCUGCUCCCACUGGGAAAUGA